AUGAAGGCGCUGAAACAAAUCUUCUGCAUGUCCGUUAUAUCUGUUUUGGGCCAAGUGCACUGCGCAGUGGUAACUCCACAAUGCCCGAGCAGUGGAUACGAGAUAUCCAUACUGGGUUGGAUGUUACAAGGACACAUUUACAAAACGAUGGAGGCAAACUCCCCGCUAGACUGCUUAUUCGCUUGUAGAGAAGACGAUCGAUGCCAAAGUUUCAAUUGGGUGAUCUCUCGUCUCUUGUGCGAGUUUAAUAACAGAACAAAGGAAGCCAGAUCUGAGGAUUUCGUGUCAGAUCCAAACAGAUUUUACUUUAGACGAUACAAAAACAGAGGUAAAAAGGUGUUUUCGACAAUACUACCUAAGAAACAGUGAAGACCUUAUUGAAACAUUUGAAAACAAUCAAAGACCUGUUUAGGUGUUGUGGCUGUUGUAAAUUCACUUCAAGUAAUACGUUUCAGUAUUUAGGCCACGAGGACUUGAAGAUUGAUAAAGAUUUCAGCGUCAUUGCAACAAAUCAAAUUCCCCACUUUAGAAAUGAGAUGGAAACUGGGCCUUAAACUUUUGCAAGGAAGUAUGGGACUGCUCUGGGGACAGGGAUCCCAGAAGUCUUUGCGAAAGGUAACUCGGCCCAGUUUCCUACCGUUUCUAAAGGGGUGAAUGCAAAACAGAGUUCAAUAGAGAGGAGAGGUCAUUACGUUACGUUGCCAUGGUAGAAACAUUCCUGGAUGACAACAAACCAAAAUGUCACUUAAAAAUUAGAUUAGCACUGUUUCAAACUUCAUAGAUCUUAUUUAAUUUCAUUUAAUUUGUCAAAUGUUGACGACAUUUUUGGGUUGAAUCCGAAAGGACCUUAUCUAAGUUUAGAAAAAGGAAAAUAAAAUUGUGUUGUGCUCACCUACUCCAUAAAGCAGGGGAGUGAAAUUAGGAAGUUUCAUGUCGCAGUCGUGGAACAACGGUCAAGAAAUGUACAAAAAAGCGUGAUGGACGUGCAAAGUCGUUUUUUAUUGCGACUCUUCCCAAACCGAAUUUACGAAAACGAUCGAGAGCUCCACAUGGUGGCGCACUGGUUUGCUGAAGAGAUGACCCAAGCAAGAAUCUCAAAAUAACUAGUUAAUAUUUUCUCUUUCUUAGCAAACACUUACGACAAAGUAAAGAAGACAAAACCAUAAGAAUAUGUAGACAGUGGCUGGUCGGAGUCUGGGGAGGUGGUGGGAAAAAUUUUCAACUAAUGGCAAUAGCUGGAAGGGCCGCGUUAAACAUAUAACAAGUCUUUCAUACAGAACUAAAUACGUUCGAUCUCCUGAUUGGCCAGGGAACCACCGCCUGCACACUGCUGAUAAGAAACGCGAAAUGCCUCGAACUAAAAUCAAAGCAAGAUUCCAUCUUCUCAUCAUAAUGAUUGUUUUUGCUAAUAUAAACCUAUUGCUUUUUUGCUGUUCGCCGCCGACGUUCCUGUUGUUGUGAUUUAGGAAUUUUGCCACCACGGUAACAUGACGUCACACUUCUCCUCUCUCAAUCUGUUCUGUCUCUCCAGUCCCUCUCGGCUCAAUUCCUGAACUGCCAGCUGAAUCUUGCAAGGAAGUAAUGGAAAGCGAGGAACAAGCGGUCAGCGGCAAGUACUGGUUAUACACCAUAAAAGAGAACAUUCCUGUUCUAGCUCACUGCAAUAUGGAAACUUUCGGUAAGUUCUAAACUACACUGCAAAUACCUCUAGAAACACACUGCAGGCUUCUUAUUCCUAACCGUGGACAUUUAAUAGGCUGACUAACCUUUGCCUCUUGUCGAUUGGAAAAGCUUAGGCACCAUAAAUAUGGCGCACUAUUGUGGCUGCGUUUUGAACGUUUUCGGCCUUCCAUAUUAGGGAGUUUAAGCAGCCACGCAACCGGAAGUGGACUUUUUGCGCUCUUGAGCCAUGACUUUUUGAACAAAUUUUUGGGCAGAUCGUCCCUAUAAGAGUAAAGAAAAACAUAGCAAUACAAAUUUGCUUGCGUGAAGGCAUAUUGCGUUGCAAUGUUGGAACAGUGUUGUAACUAUUCGAAACAAUGUCCCAACAAUGUUGCAACGCUGUGUUGCGCUAAAAAUCGGCGUUGCGAAUCGUCCCGUGUAACAUCACCUCUAGAUUUAUACACCAUUCGAGACAUUUUGAAAGAGCACGUGAGUAUGGGUCACUUGGGGUGUGUUGAAUUGCAUUAUGUGACUGCUUUGAGAACGAUUUUGGACCCAGUUUCAUGCACUACCCCAUUAAAGCCAAUAAAAGAAGAGCUGGAGUCCCAAAACUAACCCAGUCUUCCACGAAAUAAGUGUAGCCUGCGUGGCAGGGGUUAAAAGAGAAAGGGAAACAGGGAAUGUGGGCUUCCCCUCCUCGCGCGCCCAAAAGUCUCCUUUCCCUUCCUCUUUUAACAACUGCCACGCACGCUAUACACCCAACGUCGAAAUGGCCACUACCAUAAAGGACUACAGCUUAUUACUUAAUCAGAGAGACCAUUUUGCACUUUGAGACGGUAUAAUGCUUUCCGUUUAAGACAAAAACUCCCUUUGUUUAAAAGUGGUAAACCGGAUGACGUUCCUUUUCUUAUUCAACUAAACUUACUAUUUAAUACGCACACCAAAAGGGAGCUUAUAUUCUAGAGCGUUUUUUUAACUACGCCCGCAAACUGGAAGUUAGGUCUUGCCGCUACCCUGCAGAUUCUUUGGGUGAGUGUCUUUACCCUUAUAAAAUGAGACGAUUAAACCCCUGCCCAAGAAUGCAAAAAGUCCCAGUUCCAAUUGACAUGCAUCGCUUUAGAACGACUUUGCUUUAGCUCCCUAAUGACACACUAACAUGACUGACAUGCAAGUCGACAGUUCUAAAGUACCAAAUACCCGGACAGAAUGGUACCUGAAAUUGGACUAAAUCGAUAGAGUUAUAAGUUGGUCUUUUUGCCACCGGAACUUGAGAAUAUAUUCACUUCAGCGAGGCUAAAGCUGUAGAAAUUCGUCAUCAAGGCUUAUAAGUUCAGCGAUUAUGUCAAAGUCGAAACUGGACUAUGAAUUAUUUCCGACGAUCCUGUAAUCAGUUCAUGAGAAGCGGAAAGCGAGCUCGGCCCAUUUACGUCCCAUUCUUUCUCGGGUCGCUUGCGGGUGACCUUCGACUGGCGCGCCAAAGAGGGACUGCUCGGAAGAGUACGUAGUCCAGGAUACGUUCAUUCAAGAGACUUUUUAACAACAAGCGUCAACUUUUAUUAUGUUAAACACUGUUGUUUGUCUUAUUUUUGAUAGAACAGAUGACAAACAAAGUAAGCUAAAAUAUUUGCUCAUAAAAAGUUUCAGAUUGCCCCAACUACCAAAAUUUGACCAACGGUAACAGGAAAGUGUCCUACGGAUCAUCUCCACCUCUUUGUGAUAAUUCACUGAAUGGAUGGUAUCGUUUCCAAGGUAACGCGGGGACAAAAAUGCCUUCGUCAUGCGUUGCUCCUUCCAAAUGUAGUACCCAUGCCACUGGCUGGCUUAAUGGUGCUCAUCCGUCAGUAGAAGAAGGCAAAGUCACCAAAAAGGUCUGCUUUAGCUGGGGCUCAAACUGCUGCAGGUGGUCCAUCAAUAUUGAAGUACUCAACUGCGGAGAUUUCUUCCUGUAUCACUUCAAAGGAACGCCCCCGGAACAUCCAUGUAAUCUUCGUUAUUGUGGUACUGACUGA